ACGUAACAGGGCUGUACAGGCUAAGAUAAAAGGCCCAGUUUGUGACACCUGUUUUCACUGAGAAUCGUAGUUCCACCAAGAGGAAACAUGGGUCACUACUUGUACUUCUCUGCUGAGACAUGGACCCUCCUGAUUGCCUUUGUCACGUUACUCCUAGUGUAUGCCUACUGGCCUUAUGGGACUUUCAAAAGAUUAGGGAUCUCUGGCCUCAAACCCAUCCCGUUUUUUGGAUCAAUGCUGCAUUAUCAAAAGGGAUACUUCUUCUUUGAUCAAGAAUGCUAUCAGAAAUACGGGAAAAUAUGGGGCAUGUAUGAGGGCCGCCAGCCUCUCCUGUGUGUUGCAGAUCCUGAAAUCAUAAAGGCUGUUCUGGUUAAGGAAUGCCUUUCUCACUUCACCAAUCGCAGAAAUUUCGGUUUGAAUGGGCACUUGUAUGACGCCGUCUCCAUUGCUGAGGAUGAGCAAUGGAAAAGGAUCCGAGGAGUCCUCUCUCCUUCUUUCACUUCUGGGAGACUGAAGGAGAUGUUUGAAAUCAUGAAGAAUCAUUCUGCUAACCUGGUCCGCAGCAUGAAAAAGAAGGCAGACAAGGACGAACCAUUAGAGCUAAAGGAAUUCUUUGGAUCGUACAGUAUGGAUGUGGUAACCAGCACGGCCUUCAGUGUAGACAUCGACUCCCUGAACAACCCAGCCGACCCGUUUGUGAUAAAUAUCAAGAAGAUGUUGAAGUUUGACUUUUUAAACCCCCUCUUCCUCGCAGUCGCAUUUUUCCCCUUUCUCCGUCCCAUACUUGAAAAGUUUGAAUUUUCUUUUUUUCCUGCAUCUGUGACCGACUUCUUCUAUGCUUCUCUGAGAAAGAUCAAAGCUAACCGUGAAGGCAGCAAAGACAAGAGUCGGAUAGAUUUUCUACAACUGAUGAUUGAUUCCCAAAAGAACAGUGAGGUGCAACCGGACAAAAGUUUAAAUGACCAUGAGAUUCUAUCUCAAUCCAUGACAUUCAUUUUUGCUGGUUAUGAAACAAGCAGUAGCUCUCUCACCUUCCUGGCUUACAAUCUGGCUACAAACCCAGAGGUGAUGAAAACGCUUCAGGAGGAGAUUGAUGCCACCUUUCCCAACAAGGUACAGAAUUUAAAAAAUAGAAUAAUCAGCAAAGAUAAAAGACAUUUAGGUCAGAAACUUCAAUUUGGUUAAGUU